AUGACAGUAUCACAAAUUUUAUCCAAGUUCAAGCAACCUGCUGGACAAGCAGAACACACCGAGAACUCAUCUCCCUCCACCCCGUCUGGUUCUGCGUCCCUCAAGGAGAAGAAUGGAGAACAGUACGACGACAGUCCUGUCGCCUACCUGACGUGGCGGUCGUUUAUUCUGGGUCUUAUAGCCUCCAUGGGAGGAUUUAUCUUCGGUUACUCCACUGGUCAAAUCUCCGGUUUCGAAACAAUGGGUGAUUUCAAGCUGCGGUUCGCGCAGUAUAACGAGGCCACGCACACGUAUUACUUCAGUAACGUCCGUUCUGGGCUGAUCGUCGGUCUGCUCUCGAUCGGAACCAUGAUUGGUGCUCUUAUAGCUGCUCCGUUGGCUGAUCGCUUUGGCCGUAAAUUGUCCAUCACACUCUGGUGUAUCAUCCACAUUGUCGGUAUCAUUGUGCAGAUCUCCACCGAUACCAAAUGGUACCAGGUCGCCGUUGGCCGUCUUGUUGCCGGUCUCGGUGUCGGCGCCCUCUCAAGCGUCGUUCCGAUGUUUCAAUCCGAGUCUGCUCCUCGGCACGUUAGAGGUGCCAUGGUCAGCGCGUUCCAGUUGUUCGUCGCUCUCGGUAUCUUCAUUGCCUACUGCAUUAACUACGGUACCGAGUCGAUGCAGUCUACCGCCUCUUGGCGAAUCACGAUGGGCAUUGGUUUUGUAUGGCCCCUGAUCUUAGGUAUUGGUAUCAUGUUCCUGCCUGAAUCUCCUCGUUUUGCCUACCGCCUGGGCCGCAUUGACGAGGCUCGCCGGACUAUGACCAAGCUGUAUGGUGUGCCCGAAAACCACCGGCUCGUGGCUGAGGAGCUGGAGGAUAUGAAGAAAAAGCUGGAGGAGGAACGAGCCGCUGGUCAGGCAGCCUGGUACGAGAUCUUCACGGGUCCGCGCAUGUUCUACCGCACGGUCUUGGGCAUUGUGCUACAGUCUCUGCAGCAGCUGACUGGCGCGAACUUCAUCUUCUACUAUGGAAACACGAUCUUCACCUCGACUGGUCUGGACAACAGCUAUGUGACCCAGAUGAUCCUGGGCGGUGUCAACUUUGGUGUGACCAUCAUCGGACUGUACAUUGUCGAGCACUAUGGCCGCCGGAAGUCACUGAUUGCCGGUGCCCUGUGGAUGUUCGUCUGCUUCAUGAUCUUUGCUACGGUUGGUCACUACUCACUGGAUCGGAAUGACCCGCCCAAGACUCCAAAGGCCGGGACCACACUGAUCGUUUUCACCUGCUUUUUCAUCGUUGGAUUCGCAACCACCUGGGGUCCGAUCGUCUGGGCCAUUGUUGGAGAGCUCUACCCGGCCCGAUACCGCGCAACCUGCAUGGGCAUCGCCACUGCUUCUAACUGGACCUGGAACUUCCUCAUCUCUUUCUUUACGCCAUUCAUCUCCAGUGCCAUUGACUUCCAGUACGGUUACGUGUUUGCGGCCUGCUCUUUUACGGCUGCGCUGGUCGUCUACUUCUUCGUCUGCGAGACUCAGGGUCGCACACUCGAGGAGGUCGACACCAUGUACGUCGAGCACGUCAAGCCCUGGAAGAGCAGCACCUGGGUUGCUCCGGCUCAUCUUCGCCGGUCCGAGGAAGAGGCUCAGGAAGCGGCUGCAUAA